AUGAAGCACAGCAGCAGGCCACAGCAAGCUACUGCAGUUUCUGCAAGCGAACACCACAACCAUCAAUUGUACCAUGAGCCCAGUGACAACUGCUAUGUGAAAUUCAACGGCAGCCAUGGACGGAUCCUCAGCCUCUUGCUCAAGUUUGUUCUUGCCUUCUCUGUCAUCCUCUGCUUUGGUGAUCCGAUUGCCGUGCUCCUUCUCAGACCAGCCAUGGUUGAGGUCAGCUUUGAGAAGGCAUCACUAACAAAGUUCAGCAUCACCAACAAGAACAUCCUGAAUUUCAAUCUUGCUUUGGAUGUCAGAGUGAGGAGCCCCAACAAGAAAAUUGGCAUCUAUUAUGAAAGCCUUGAAGCAGUUGCUUUCCACAGGGGCGAGCGGCUUGGUUCGGUUUCGGUGCGGAGUUUCUAUCAAGAGCUUGAAAACACGACGUAA